AUGGGUCAGUUGAAGCAUCGAAUUUUUCGGAGGAAGAGCGCAAGUUUCACAAAAAUUGAACUUGAUGCCGAGAAGAAUAAUGAAGAGGUGGAUGAUAAUGAUGCAAAAAAUUCAGCAUCAGGUUCGAGAACAUGGACUAACUCAAUGGGACGUACCUUGCGACGAAGAUUGAGUGCUUUUCGAAAAGAUACUGGUGAUAAUGAAAGUUCUGUUGUUUCGAAAUCAGUACAAGAGAAGGUGAAUGUUAUCCAACUUCGAAAUUCUUCACAUCGAAAUAUUCCUUCAAAUACCGUAAGAUUUAGUUCAACUUGUCGGGAAACUGACGCUUCAUCAACGAUUGGCAUUUCACAGCACAGUUCAAAUAUGCAGAAUAGUUCAGAUGCGAAAUUAAAUUAUGUUCAUUUGAUGCAAUUUAAUGCUUGUUAUGAAGCAAUGCCAACAAGUUCUAAAAUGGUUGUUUUUGACACUAAGUUGCAACUCAAAAAAGCGUUUAAUGGUCUUAUAUAUCAAAAUACACGACAUGUAUUGUUAUCGGAUUCAGCUAAAAAUAAUGCAAUUGUUGGUAUAUUAUCUGUGACAGAUUUUAUCCGGGUCCUUUUGUUAUUACACAAGAUGAAAAAAGAGAGAAAAGAUGAGCAAAAAGGAGCUGUAUGCGAAGGAGAGAAAAAUUCUGCAAUAAUUAAGGAUGAUAUAGAUAAAAAUACGAAUUUAAAAUUUAAUGAUGAAUGUCAGAAAGAAAAGAAAAUAAUAGAAGAUGUGGCGGAUGCUGUAAUAAAUGCACCAAACGAAGACAUCGGAACCCUUACCAUAUCCGAAUAUCGAGAUUUGGUAUGCCGUGAAGGGAAAUUAAUGGAUCUUGUAUCAAUAACUGCAGAAGAAAGUUUAUUAAAAGCGGCUUUUUUACUCAGCAAACAACAUAUACAUCGUUUGCCAGUGUUAGAUCCAAAUGAUGGAAGUCCAUUGUUCAUUUUGACUCAUAAACGAAUUCUAAAAUUUUUGUGGCUUUUCGGUCAAUCACUUUACAUUCCUGGUUAUCAUAAUAAAACAUGUAAAGAGCUUGGUGUUGGCACAUAUGAUGGUAUACGUGUGGUCUAUCCGGAUACAUCUUUAAUUUUAUGUCUUGAUAUAUUGCUAAAUAAGGGUGUUAGCGGUGUCCCAGUUGUGGAGCAUAAUACAUUCCGGGUUGUGGAUAUGUAUUCACGAUUCGAUGCGAUUGGUGUAGCGUUAGAGGAUAAAAUUGAUGAGCUUGAUGUAACGGUUGAAGAAGCACUAGCUUUCCGGAACACUUUCAGGCUUGAGAAAGAUCGUGUCGUUUCAAUAUCAGUAAAUGAUUCAUUGUGGACAGCGAUUACAGUACUUGUUGAAAGGAAUGUUCAUCGACUUUGUGUUUUGAAAGAUAAUGGCGCAAUUGAGGGUUUGAUUUCUUUAUCUGAUAUAAUGAAUUUUUUGGUUGUUAAUGUAGCUGAUAUGUCAGCCGAAAAUCUCCAUUAUCAUUCGCGUUUUAGUCAGCAUUCGCGGCACAGUUCAUUGGGCAUACUUCCAGAAGGACUCGAAUCAACAAAUGAUCUUUCGGAGACGAAAAUCGAUGAUGAGGCGGAGGAUUUAUCGGAACGACAAAAUGAUGCGAACGAACUUCACCAAAAGUUUCACACAAUUUCGAUGAAUUAA